GAUUCACGGAAGAAGCGACUGAAGCGAUAGAACUUCUGCAAGGGGCCGCAAGUGCAGCUGGUCCCGUGCACCUCCGGCCCAUUCUCAGUUCUUAGAUGAACUGAGAAUCCCCGGAUUGCCACUUCUGCAAAUCGCCACCCGCUGCUUUGGCAAUAAACAAUUCCGUCACUGCAAGUCCCGGCCGUAGCUCACUUGAUGGUCGAGCCUUUCGUUGGGCUCUUGGCAGAACGAACGCAACCGUUCAGUGGUCGACGUUUACUGGCGCAGACUUCUCUUGCAGCUGUUCUGAUUGCGCCAGAACCGCGCUGCUCACUUGUGAGCUGGAACGAACUAAAAUCUUCUGCGCUUCAAAGACAGUACUUGUAACGAUCAAGUCAUUCCCAAUUGCAAAGGAGGUGUGACUGGCAGCUCUCUAACUCACCAUAGCAAGUCCGCCACAACAGGAUGGCGCUAAGCUGGGCGUUGCCACGAGCAGGGCAGCGGGUGCGCACGCAUGUCGCAGCCAUCCUUUUGCUUUCGCUCCUUCACGCCCCAGGAGUGUUUGGUUUUCUGCAAUUGGGUGGGCACGGAUGCUUUCCCAACGAAUUCCAAGUGGCCCCCUGUGACCCAGCGGCCAACCCUCCUUUGUGCUGUGAUGCAAACUCAGCCGACUGUGUUUUGGCGUCCACCCCUCCCUUUACGUCGUCGAGUCAGAUUGCAGGCUCCAAUGGAGUUUGCACCCGAGCUCCGGCAAAUGAAGUGACUCUGCAGCUUGGAGAGCAUGGCUGCUUUCCCAACGCGGAGCAGAGAGGCGUCUGCGAUACGACUCCCACUGGAGUCAACCAGCUCUGCUGCAAUGCAAUCACGGCCGACUGUGACCACGGCACUCCCCGAAGCGCUAGCAACCCGGUUUGCGCUUCGGCAACUGGAACAGAUGACCCUCACUACGAGCUGACCGGUGUGGAGCUCGAAGAAGGCCAGCGGUUCGUCUUCGAUUUCCAUGGGGAGGCCAACAAAACAUUCUGCAUGUUCUCAGACACCUCACUGCAGAUUAACGUACAAAUGAUCGGUCUUCCCUCCGGGACCAAAGUCCUCCAGCCUCGCUUCGAGGAAGUCGAGCUUUUUUUCGACACCACGCGAAACGGCACGUGGAUGUCAGGAUUUGGAUUCCUGUACUUCAACAGGUCGGGGGAACAACAGAGCGUCACCGUAGAGCUGAAUCCAGCGCUCGACCGCGAGGGGAAGUAUCCCUUUGAGUUGACCUUCCAAGCAGAACCCAUUCCUGACGUCAAAUCCGCACCCUGGACAAGCCCCGACGGCCUGGCAGCGAUCCGCCUCGUCAACGGAACCGUCAACAAGCUCCUCGUCACCAUCUCCGACACCCUCGCGAUCGAGAUUGUUACAGAAGUUGAGAAGGAGCUGAUUACGGACCCGGCCGUCCACUAUCUCAACUUCGAACUCCAGAACUUUGCCACCAGUGCAACGAUUCACGGGUUUCUCGGCCAAAUGUUUGCCCCCGGCGCCAUCCCGGAGCGCCUUGCAAUGGGUACUCUUGAGGGCUUACGUCAUCGUGAAUACGUGGAGGGCAGAGACGAAGACUACGUCACGUCCAGCCUGGUGUCAGCGAAUUGCGCUUUCAAUCGUUUUGCCCAGACGUCGGAAGAGUAUCUGGAGGAAGCUGCGGGCGUCAAUGUGGAAGGCCGACCGUCAUCUGAGCCGAUCGACGAACAACAUCUCCUCGGGCACAGCCUUACGGAGUUCCACUAUCUGCGAGGGACUCUGCAGGACUAGUAGAUCUCAGCUCCAGAGUGCCCUUACUUGGUCUAAUAGCGUCCUGAAUACAAGAGAGGUGAUCCAGGCAUGGUAAACUAACUUGUUGUUGUAAAGACGAUCUUCCGCAAGGAGCGAAUCUGGUUAACAUGUGCUCUUGCGUUCAUUGACUAAAGAAUUCUGGGAGCUUGUUUUGUAAACUAAUUAUACUUUAGCUACAUCGUAAGCAGAGGUGUCCACUAGCAAGAGGUCGCCUCUAUCAUACGCUUUACUGGCUUUCGUCCUUCGACAGGUUUGCAACUUACCUUACGGCUUUAGUAAAAGUAUAUUUCUGUGUCAUCAGUACAUUUCACUCUGAAUCCAACAUGAAACGACGGGAUCUGAAGCUGUGUGAACG